CGUGGCCGUGGUGUGUUACUUCCUCGCGUCUAACGUUGCUGUGGAAGCUCCUUCAGUCCUCUGACUCCUCUAGCUAUCUUUGGUGCAGCAGCAGCAGCAGCAGCACGGUGCGAAAGGCGCACAAGUGUAGUCAGCCAGCGACCCAGCAGAAAUGUCGGAAAGAGGGAGUCAGGAACCUGCCGGGGCCGCAAACGGCAGCGACAGCCCGACAAAACAAGCACCCAGACCGCCAGUCGGCAACAGAGUGACCGUGGUUCUCGGGGCUCAAUGGGGCGACGAGGGGAAAGGAAAAGUUGUGGAUCUGCUCGCACAAGACGCGGAUAUGGUGUGCAGAUGUCAGGGCGGCAACAACGCAGGACACACAGUGGUGGUCGACUCGGUGGAGUACGACUUUCACCUCCUCCCCAGCGGCAUCAUCAACCCCAAGGUCACUGCUUUCAUUGUUGUGGUCAAAAGGCUGGGAAAGUUGAUCAUCUCAGACAGAGCACAUAUUGUGUUUGACUUCCACCAAGCAGUUGAUGGUGUUCAGGAACAGCAGAGACAAGAGCAAGCAGGCAAGAACCUCGGGACAACAAAGAAGGGGAUCGGUCCAGUGUACUCAGCCAAGGCAGCACGUAGCGGUCUCAGGAUAUGUGACCUGUUGGCUGACUUCACUCAGUUCUCUGAAAGGUAUAAAGCUUUGGCCCAGCAGUACAAGGGUAUGUACCCCACUCUGGAGAUUGACAUAGAGGGAGAGCUGAUCAAAUUAAAGAACUAUGUGGAGCGGAUCAAACACAUGGUGAGAGACGGGGUGCACUACAUGUACGAGGCUCUUCACGGCCCUCCUAAGAAGAUCUUGGUGGAAGGAGCCAACGCAGCACUGCUGGACAUUGACUUUGGGACGUACCCGUUUGUGACGUCGUCCAACUGCACGGUGGGCGGGGUGUGUACGGGUCUUGGCAUGCCGCCUCAGAAUGUCGGGGAGGUUUAUGGGGUCGUCAAGGCCUACACCACCAGAGUUGGCAUCGGAGCUUUCCCCUCAGAGCAGAGCAAUGAGAUCGGAGAGCUACUUCAGACUCGGGGGAAGGAGGUUGGCGUGACCACAGGCAGGAAAAGGCGAUGUGGUUGGCUGGAUCUGGUGCUUAUCAAAUAUGCACACAUGAUUAAUGGUUUCACUGCUUUAGCACUCACCAAACUGGACAUACUUGACGUGUUUGCAGAGAUCAAAGUGGGCGUAUCGUACAAAGUCGACAACCAAACCAUACCUUACUUUCCAGCCAAUCAGGAGGUGUUGCAGCAUGUGGAGGUCCAGUAUGAGACGCUGCCGGGAUGGAACAGCGACACCUCGGCUGCGAGAAGCUUUGAGGAGCUGCCUGAGAACGCCCAGAAAUAUGUCCACUUCAUCGAGGGGCAUGUUGGAGUGCCUGUCAAGUGGAUCGGAGUGGGCAAGUCUCGGGAGUCCAUGAUCCAGCUGUUCUAAACGAAGGGAGGAGAAACACGAGCAACACACACACACACACACACACACACACACACACACACACAUACGCACGCACACGCCGUUAAUGCUUUACCUCUGAAUCAUCAGACUGUCCCAUGUUACAGACCGGACCUCUCUGGAUCAGACUCCCAUCAGACUGACCUCCAUGAACCAAUGGUUCCCAGCUUCUCCAUCUGGAUUUUUAACCGUUUUAAACUUUAGCAUAACAGCUCCAGGGCAAAGUCCCCUCUUUUAAUUUGUCCCUGUUCGUAUUGUAACCGUUUAUUCCAGACAUACAACACACUCGGCAACACCAGCUGCCAUCAGGUCUGAAAGAUGACACGAGGGAAUGGACUCAACACACACACACACACACACACACACACACACACACACACACACACACACACAAACACACAAACACACAAACACACCUGAUCACUCCCCGGAUGAACUGUCCACAGAUGUUUGCUUGGUCAAACUUUUAUUCAAGUGUAUUUUUGUUAAUCUAUGCUGUGUUUUAAAUGUGCUGUGCCAGUCUGGUGUAAAUCAGUUUUAACCUCUGCACUUUAGAUGCUUUGGGCUAUGUUUUCUUGUGCCAGGCGUACACAACCUCCUGACAUUAUAAAGGGAUCCUUUUAAUAUUUUUAACAUGUCUUUUUGUGUUUGUUUUUUUCGUCAUCGGACAAAGACUUCUCAUAUUGCCUUGUCAUUCUACCAAAACAUUUGCUUUUAAAUUUCUUUUAGCUAGCGACUGCUUCCACUGAACGCAUCCCAUACUGUGAGAAGGCUCGUGUUUUUCACUUUAACUUUGGCAGAUGAGUUUUCCAUGAACCAAUACAGAGAUUAUAACUAGUGUAACUAUCCUUUUUUCAAAUGGAAAUCAAUUCACUAGGGGAGCAUAUUUCCACUCACAUUCUCGUAAUUGUUUAUCUUAUUAUCGUUGAUUUUCUUUGCACUCAGUAUAAUGCUCUGUUUAAGUGUAGAGGAAGGAAAUUGGUAACAACUUUUGCACAAAGAAAUGUGUAAAUAUGGAUUGAUAAAUGCUGUAUAAGACAGUUGUUCAUCUUUCUCCUUUUUGUUUUUGUCCACUCCUCUGCCAUUGUUAUAACACAUGUCUUUAAAACCAGAAAAAUAAGGCUUGAAUAGAAAGUUGUGGGUUGCAUUUUGCCUUCCGAAAGAAAAGCUGGUACUCUUUCCUGUUUCACCAAUUCAAUGGCACCAUCCAAAUAAGCCAUUUAGUGCUACCUGCUGGUAAAAAUGGUAUUGCGUCUUAUGAUGCAUUCAUGCAAUGUCAGCAAACUGGAAGAACAAGAAAAUCUCCCAUUACUCUGACUUGGGAGCGUUCAUGCCAUGUACAUCAUUUAAAUAGCCUUAAUAAGCUGCUUUUUCUGUGUUACGUACUUGUAGCAGUUUGUUAACAAGUGAAACCAGAUACAUAUAAACUCUGUAGCUCCCUUUUAAAUUUGCUGAAUCCAUUGUAUUGGUGUUAUUGUUUUUUAUUUAGAUGUGCCAGCAAUUGUGUCUUUCCAGCCGUUUUGCUAAAGGUUCGAUGGUGAUAUCCAACUUGGAAUUACGACGACUCUUGCUGGUAAUUACGUUUUAUUUAUUUAUUUAUUUAUUAAAGCAGCAGAGGCCAAAAUGUCCUGAGUUUAAGUCUAUAGUUUGGAGUCAGGCUUCUCAAAUUUCAUUAUGCCAUGAUUAUGACGCCCUAUGGGAUGGAAGAUAGAGACGGGAAAGAUUCCCAUGGAGGAGUCUUUUUGGCAAAGGAUGAUAAACACACUACGCUUGGAUGUUGACGUGAACAUUAUUUUAAAGCCGGAAACUUUUUAUUAUUACGAUAACGUCAUGUGAAUGUGGCAUUAGACCAAACUUUAGAAAGCUCCUCCAGAGCCACAGAAGACAAUAAGCUGUUCAAAUGCUCCUUUUACUACUUUGUGUAAAAUGUUUAGCAUGCUCCUUUUAAUAAACAGCUCGUUCGAUUGGAGGAGGAGAACCGAAAACCAAACAACUCUUGGUAAAGCUGAACAAGCUUUGGUGGAAGAUAAUCACCGAUAUUUCAUAGACACACAGCUGUCAUACCAAGUAUACUUUCCACUUUAAAAAAACAAUGUGGUAGUUUGAAAGCCCCAGCAGAUUCUUUAAAAUAUUCUAUUUUCAUUACCACAAGGAUUAUUUGUGAUUGAAUGUGUUGCUGUUUUUAUGUCAGAUAUUAGAAACUCAAUGUGUUUUGUAGUGGCAGCAAGACCUUUGCACAUUACACAUUUCAUUCAGCGUUUAAUUCCACAACACAACUAAGUAUAACAUGACAUGAAUGGGUUUGAUGGCAGCAAUUUUGCAUUGAGUAUUUUGAAAGAAGCAGGGAGUCAUCAAGUCAAUUUUGCUGGAAAGCAUUUAGUCAGAUUAUUGAUAUGUAACUUUGGUAAAAACCUCAUGUGUUUUUCUCUGGUGACCUAAAAUGACCACUCAGUCUGAAACAUUUUUCUCAGGACAUUGAUUAUAAAUGUAAUAACUCUUGAUGCUAGUUUUAUCUUGUUUGUAACUGCUGAAACCAGUGGGGCAAAACCACAUGUAUCAUUUUCUAAAUCCUGAACAAUGGUUUUGCAAAGCAGCUCCUAUCGAUAAAGAAAGCAAGUCAUUCUCAUUAUGUACUGAUUCAUUUACACACGGUUGCUCCUGUCUGCCUCCCUACUGGGGGUUAAAAGGGAAACCGUAACCAGGAUCAUUCAGUCAUGUACUGUAUCUCCAUCUGCUCUACUGAAAAGUGUGUUCGUUUGGUAUCUGUGACCCUGUAUCUCCUUGUUUCAGCAGAACUGUAUCUGUUCUCUUUGCUGUGUUAUAAUGAACAUUUACUCCUUUACAUGCUCACACUGCCAACUUUUCACUGAAUGCCCUUUCACAACCUGAAAAUCUGCAGUGUCCAUUUCUGUCUUUCUUUUCUUUUCUUUCCUUUUUAUGUUGAACAUGUCCCAUUGACUUUUUCAGUGCAGACUUGUACCUUGACAUCUGGUUAAGACUAAAUGAAUGUUUUUGGCUAAGUACGCACAAUACACAAAUUAAAGCGCUCAACACAUAA